AUGGAGGAUUGUCCAGGACUUUCUUCGGCGCAAGUUAAGAAGGUAAUUUUUGGGUAAUAUUUUUUUGUAUGCAUCCUUAAGCGCAUAUUUCAUAGCAAUUGAAUCUUCUCUAGUACAAAACAGAUGGCUUCCUUGUCAUCGAAGGCUUCUUCUCGCUUGAUGAGGUGGAGGAAAUGAGACAAGAGAUGCACAAAAUUGUGCAAGAAAUGAACCUAGAUGAGCAUCCCAAAAGUAUUUUUACAACUGAUAUUUCACAGACAAAGGUAGGAAAUUAUUAUUAUCUUUACCCAGCUCAGAAACCUGUGGUCUUAAUUUGACCUCAUUGUUCUCCAAUUUGAUAUUAAGCUAUCAUUCAUACAGUUAACUCGUGUUAAUUGGGACAGCCAAUGCAAAGUGUCCAUUUUAAGGAGGUUUCUACCUUAAAGCGAAUUAGAAAAAAUGACUAGGGAGAGGCAGGGACCCUUAAGGUUGUAUUUUUUUGGAGAUGUCUCUUAGGAGAAAGCUGACUGUACAAAGUGUUUUCCUACAGAUAAGGUAUUUGCAUCAUUAGGGUGUGGGAUAUCCCUUGGGGGUACUCAAGAAAGUUUAAGGGGGGUGGUUAAGGGGCAUCUAGAUCACGUUUCCUUGGAAAUAAAAUGGUCUUUUUGCAAUUUACAAAAAAUAAAAAAGGCAAUUCAGACUCAAAGAAAAUCACGGUUCAUGACCAAUUAAACGUUUAUUUCUCUUUUCAAAACAAUUUUGCAAAAUUACAUUUCACAGCUACUAUGAAAAUCUUGAUUCACAAGGAAAAAUCUAGCCAUUUCACGUUUUACGAAAAACUAAGGGCCGAUCACAAGUUACAAAAAUACCCUUUACCACCCUUUAUACGGGGAGACUCCGCCCUGAGGUCCAACCCUUUACCCCUUUAUAUACCAUUUUUGACAGAAAAGGUAGCCCAUUUUGUGUACCUUCCAUUGACAAAUGGUACCCCUGUCAUAUACCUAGCUUAGAACUUUGCAUUCCUUUCAACUGCAGUUAAUGCAUUGACUUUUUGAAUAUGGAUAAAUCACAAACUUAGAUAUUUUCUCAACUUUUUCACAGCCAUAAAAUGCAUCUACCAGCCCCUUUGGGCCUUUUUACAGACCAAAAUGGCAGAUUUCCCAACCCUUUCAUAUAUUUCAACACCUGAAAUCCCUACCCUUUCAAAUUCUGGGAAACUGAGCUGGUGAAAAUUUCAUAACUGCCUUGCGUAUGAAUUCACAGCUCAUUACACAUGCAAGAAUGCAGAGAUGAAUUUGAAAUCUACAACUGCCAAUGGAUUCAACUUUUGAAUAAUAAAUUCAGAAUGGAAUCUAGGGAGGGGAGGGGGGGGUACACUUGUCCUGGCUUGACUGUAAAGUUUUAACAGUUUUGUUGGUUUGGGUGAAAAAUCUUUAAGUUAUGUUUUUUUUACAGGUCUACUUUUUAAAGGUUGAUUUGUUUGAUUUACCAACAGUUUAGAGAUGAUUAUUUUAUGACAAGUGGAGAUAAGAUCAGGUUUUUCUUUGAAAAGGGAGCUUUUAAUGACAAAGGUUUGUAUAUUGCAUACUCUGUAUUAUAACUUUUCUAGGGAUAAGGGAUAUACAGUCAAUCCUCCACUAAUGGCCAUCUCUCUACAACGGCCAUUUUUUGGGAGUGGACAGUCUAUACAUUCACUCUUGUUUCAACCUCUCUACAAUGAUGGCUUACUUCUGUCCCCAAGGUGGCUGUUGUAGAGGGGUUCAACUUUACUACAGUAGUGUUUUAUAUGACUGGUAUAAACCGCUUUAGUAAAAUCCAACUAGUGGUCUAUUAUCAAUGCCGUGUUCUGAUUGGAUGAGCUACUACUAGGCUAUAUGUUAUAGCCCACUGGUAGCGAAAAGCGCCUGCUUUUAUAACCAAAAACAAUAGUGGCUGAAUCAUGUUUUUCUAGCUGAAGUUGCUUUGUCUUGAUAUUUUCUACCAACUAGUUGGAUUUUUCCAAAACAAUUAUUCCUCAUGGCCUCUAACUCAAUAGCCCAUUUGGCCUUCGGCCUCAUGGGCUAUUGACUCAGAGACCAUUCGGGGAAUAAUUGAGGAAUAAUUGUUAAUUAUCUUCUGACCAAUAAAUAACUAUUAAAAUAAUUGAAAUGUACAUGUAACUUUUAAGUACUAUACUGGGCUGAAUUUUAAGACUUAAAAAAAUAAAUGAAUAGGCGCAUAGAAAGAAAUCCCCUAGGUGGCACUGGAUCAGCUUGCCUCUCAAGCAUACAGAACAAACUAUUUACAAGGAAUCUAGAAAUGGAUCCUUCCAAGGAUUUUUUCAACUUUUGACUUUGGUUAAGUUAGUGAAAAUCAAUUGACCAUACUGGAAAGAGUGUCUUAAAAUUAGUUAUAUUGCCAAGUUUGAAAGUGAUUUGUUCAAAGCUAUGAAGAUAUUGCUCCUCAAAGUCGAGAAAUUUUGCAGAUGUUUUUAUGGUGGGGAGAACAAAGUUCCCCCCUCCCCCACCAUACAAAUGUCUGUAUAUUUUCGCAACUUUGGGGAGCUAUAUCUGAGCUCACUUAAGACUUAUUACUUUCACGUUUGGCAAUUUUACUAAUUUUAUGGCACUCUCAGUGGUGUCGACAGAUUUUCCCUAACUGGCCCAUGUCAAAAAAGUUGAAAAACCAUGGAAAGGCUUAUUAAAGGCUUAUUGAACAAUAAGCCAGUCAUAGUACUUCUUUUCCAUGUAUACCCAUUCAUCAAUCAUUUGGUCCUCAACAGUCAUUUGUCCUGUCAGAUUAAAAUACCCAACCCCACGGUUAAAGGUUAGUUGUUUUUUCCAAACAACGAAUAAAUCAGACUGAUGUGAUGAUCUUAUUUGAAGGUGAACUUAUUACAGAGAAAGACAGAGCUAUCAACAAAGUUGGUCAUGGUGAGUGACCUCCAUUGUUAUGUGCUGUUAAUAAAAUAAUAAUAAUAACAAUAAUAAUAAUAGUAAUGGUAAUAUUAAUAGUAUUAUUAAAUAAUUUCAUUUUUUUAUGUUAUUGUAUGAAAUUUUCAAAACACUAAAGUUCAGUUAAAAAUAUUGUUCUCAUUUUUUAAUUAAGACAUCAUUUCUGAAUUCAUAAUUAUUUAUUGAGUGACAGAAAAUUUACCGAAAGCAACUACCCAGUUACAGGUUAUAGCAUACAAAUGUUCAUGUUAUAGGGUUGUUUUAACUCUAGCCUAGCAUACUGCAACCCUCCAAGUUACGACCAUUUUGGUCGCCAAGGCGCCUAAAAUUUUGCAGCUGGUAACUUGAUUUGUAAAAAGUGUGGACCCUAAACCAACAGAGUUGGUUGCCAAAUGGUGACGGAGCAAAAACUUUAACUUGGAGGGUUGUACUGCCACAUUUCUUUUGGAUGUAUUUUUGAAGUAUCUUAGUUUUUCCUUUCAGCUCUGCAUUGCUUAAAUCCUGUCUUUAAGAAAUUUACAUUUAACAAGAGAAUUCAGGUAAUCACUGAUACUGCUUUGUUUUUGAUAGUGAUCACCUUCUUGUUAGUUAUCUAUUUUUUCUUCAUUUCAGUCCGUUGCCAAAUCAGUUGGUUAUAAACAUCCAGCUGUUCCACAAAGCAUGUACAUCUUUAAGGUAAUUUUAAUAUGCUCUGUAAUGAAGUUGUUAGUUCAAGGAGAGACCAUGUUGCAGGGUCAAUAACCAAAGUUCUCAUUAAAUAAAUUUAAUACCAUCAACUGGCUAAUAAUAAUACUAAUACCUAAUACUAAUUAUAAUAAUAAAACCGAAGUGAUCCCUGAGGUUGUUGUUGCGGUGCUUGGCACAGUAAAGAAGUAAGGGGAUGGUAGACAACAUCAAGAAAGUAUCAGAGAGAGCUACUGUGACAGAGACCCAAAAGAUCUACAUGCUUAGAUCUGCAUCAAUCCUCAGAAAGGUGCUUGGUGUAUGGACAGAAUGAUUGACUUGAGUGACUGAUGUUCCAGGUGCAUGGUUUGCACCCUGCUGAUGCACAAAAAAACACCAGCAAAGACUGUGACAGAAUGAUAAUGAUAAUAAUAAUUAUAAUUAUUAUUAUUAUUAUUAUUAUUAUUAUUAUAAUUAUAAUUAUAAUUAUAAUAAUUUAUUAUUAUAACAAUUUUAAUUUGUAUAGUGCUGUCUCAUUUUGGGGGAAAAAAGGGUGAGAGAGUGAAUUGCCUUCAGUAUAAUGACUGCUAAGCCACCUUCUUUGACAUCCUAGCUGUUUACUUUAAAAUUUACUGAGAACCCUGAGUGUUGGAUAAAAAUAAUUGCACCAUCAUGAAUGUUUUGAGCACUAGCUCUAUUUCAUGGUAGAUCAUGAUCAAGGGAUUUUGGUUUAGUUGUGAGAAGUUAAUUUCCACUUUUUCCACUUUUCUAUGACUGUCCUAGUUAUAUCCAGCUUCUUAAGUGUGAACUUGAUUUCUUCUGCUGUUUGCAUGAAAAAAAUAUUCAUGUAGAUGGAACUUUUUCUUUUGCACUGCUGAAUUCAAAUAAAAUUUUCUUAAGUUACUGGUCACUUCUUUAUUGUCAUAUGUUUCUGAUGUUUCAUUAGUUGUAGGAUUAGUUUAGUGUUAACCUGUGUAUUUGGUUUUAUAGCAAACAGUAUAUCUCCAUUCAUUGUUAAUUUACUUACAAUAAAUACUGUUUGACAUCACUUUUAAACUAUUAUCCUUUUUUUCCGUACUUUUUAGCAACCAAGGAUUGGUGGUGAAGGUAUGAACUUCCUUAUUUUGACUGAAUAGUAUUAUUUCAAGUUCCUUAGAAGAAAUUGAAUGAUAUUAUUAUUAUGGAAGGAGAAGGCACUACCAAAAUGCAGAAGAAAUCAUUGGGAAAAUGUUCAUCCAACAGUAUGUUUCCCUACCAGAAAAAAAAGCCAGUGAGAAUAAUUUUGUAAGUUCUGCAUGCUUUGAAAACUUUGUAAAGUUCUGCAUGUGUGGAAAAAUUCACAAAAUAUUAUUAGGGGAUGUUUCUGCAUGGAGCCCUUCAAUUUUUUUUAAAUUAAAAGUGAUUCAUAUUUAGUUGAAGUACAUUUUUUUCCUUUGAUAGUGACUCCUCAUCGCGACUCCACAUUUUUGUUCACUGAACCUCUUAGUGCUAUGGGAGUGUGGAUACCUUUAGAAGAUUGCACUCUGGAAAAUGGCUGUUUGCAAUUUGUACCCAAAACUCAGAAUGGUAUAGGCCAUUAAAUAAAUGUCAUUAUAACUAGUAAUAACUUAACCAAAGGUUACGGAGUGCAGGGGACAACGAUGGAAGGUCAAAAGGCUUUGCUCUAUGACCACUGUGCUUUGCAUAAAUUUCACAUGACAGAUAGUCAAACACGCGCGGUCAGAUUACGAGUGAUAGAAGGUCCACACGUGCGUGAUCAAAUUGUGUUCUCUGCAUUCCAUUCAUUCUUAGUGAAAUUCCACACGAAUGCUGGCUACAUACAUGCGAUGCAUGUGUAAUAACAACCUGGAGAUUAGGAUUGCGGGCUCCUCUUCUCACCCGCGAUAAUUAUCAUGUGAAUGGUUAUUGAGUAUAAUGAUUAAUCCCAAAGGUGAUUCACUAGUAUCAGUCUAUGUUUGCCCUUAACAAGUUUCAAACUAGAUAAUCCUUAUUUCUUGUAAUUCAGCUGUUGAAACUCUUCCAAACAAAUGGAAUACAACUUGACGCAUUUCCUUGUUAUAUUAGGCACUGUUUAUUAUUUUUUAGUCCUGGCAUUUAAGCAAAUGGCUUACUUAUUUCAUGCCAGUCAACUAAUUUGAAAUAGACAUUUCAUUUGUCAUGACAAUUUUUACGCAUUAAGAAAUUAGUCACAAAGUGGAAAGUGUGUAUCAACAAAGUUGAUAAAUAUAAGGAUUGAAAUAAUUUUUGGGCUGUGUAUAAAAGUGGGACGGGGACAAGGGGACAGGGACAUCGGGACACGUGUGUGGGGACAUGGGACUUGGGGACGUGAGACGAGGGACUUAAGGACAUCAACAGUACUAUGGAACGCGGGGACGUGUGGGAAGGGGGAUGCGGGGACGUCAAAAACAUAAAUGCGAUAUCAGUCACCUUCCUCGAGAAUAUGUUUUGGUGAAGGCAACCCACCCUGACCUCCUUAGGGUUCCUCCAUGCCUGUUUACGAAGCGAAGCCUCGGCGAAGACCCCCUGCAUUGAAGAAAGUGAAACCAUUGUCCUCGUCUUCUUGCUGAUGGAAUAUUGAAGCCCAAAGUGGGUAGGGUGGGUUGCGGUUGCCAAAAUUUAUAUAGAAUAAUAGCAUUCGAUUCCAAAUAAAUAAAACAUUAAGUGGCAUAAGCGAGCUUCAAACCCCGAAGUGCUAGCUCCGAAAUCCAUCGCCUGUACCACUAAACAACGGGGGCAAUAUUUAUUUAGCGAGUUUUUUAUUUUGUUCUACAUAUAUUUUUAGUGGCAAACCUGAAAGUAAAUGCUUGCUAACAGUACUUAAAGGUUGAUUUCCACCAAUGCGUUUUUGGCUUUGCACGUUAACACAGUAAAUUUUAAUCACGUAAAUAAGAUAGAGGCAAGAUAUAAAUUGUUGACAUUAAAUUUGAAGUUCAGCGAGAUUCUACUUUUAUGCUUAUGUGCGACCUUUUAUACAUUGCCUCUAUUUUAUUUGCAAACGUAAAUUUUACGCACGUACGCAUGGAAAAAUAACGCGACAGUGGAAAUCAACCCUAACCCUAAUCACGAUAGUCAGUGCGCUUACUCCUAUUUGCAAAGAAAUAUUUUGUGUAAACAUCAUAAGGUGUCCAAAGUGGUUUUGGAAGAUGGAAUCUAAUGUUGACCAUAAAUAACACAUUUUCACGAAGAAAGAGAUAUCACAUUUACCUCCGACUUUUGCGAUAAUCAUUCACAUUCCGCGUCCCCUGCGUCCCGGUUUUUGACGUCCCCGCGUCCCCGUCCCCGCGUACCAUAGUUGAUGUCCUCAAGUCCCUCGUCUUGCGUCCCCAAGUCCCAAGUCCCCACACACACGUCCCGAUGUCCCCGUCCCCUUGUCCCCAUCACACUUUUAUACACAGCCUAAUUUUUGUCCAUGUUUCAUUGACCAUGACAUCUGCUGAGAAUAUCUAAGGCUUUGUUCAUGUGGUACCAGAUGAAUUUUUGACUGCCUGAAAAUCUCUGCAUUCCAUUCCACUCACAGCAGGGAGCUAUGCUAACCAUACAAAAAAUAAUCAAUUUAGAUGCUUAGCCCCUCAAAAAUUUAAGUACCAAAAUCAGUCAAAUUUUAAGGUUGAAAUAUUGACCAGCAUUGUGUGAACUGCUUGACCCUCUUGUACAGCAAAGACGUACUAGUUGUAUGGUGAUCGAAUACUUGGUUACUUGGCAAGAAGAGGCCAUUUUGGAUUUGCUUAAGUAGCACUCUGUACACAGCAGAUAGUAAAACUACUGAAAAAAUGUUAAAAUUCAACCUGGUCCUUCAGUUCCAUGUUAAGCAGUUCAAUGUGAAUUUGUCUACAUGUCCUGUAAAAUUUUUUUAAUGAGUUACAAUUUGUCUGGUGCCAUUAUAUGAACUUAGCCUUAUAAAACAUAUUUAAACAUUAUUUCUAUAAAAUAAGAAUAAGGAAAUACUCAACUGAUAUAUUUUAUAUUAUUUUUUUCAACAGAUGAAUUAAAGCGACGGUUUAUUCGUAACCCCCAGCCUGGGGGAACACCUACCAUUUUUACUGGAGCGGAUAGUGAAGAAGCUGGUCAUGAAAAUGAUUACAUUCCUCAACUCACAAAAAAAGGUCAGGAAAUUCCAGCUGUACUCAAAAUUUUGUAACAACAAGUAGAUCAUGUCAAGCAAUUUUUUUUUGUGGUUUUAUACACUUAUGUAUCUCUUUGUUCCCAAUGACUAUGGCUAAGUAAGUGAUCAAAUUAAGAAUCAGUGGCUAGAGGAGUGAUGUGUUUCUUCACACUGGUGAUACCCACAGUCAAUUCCACCUGCACCCAGGGCUGUCAAUUCCCCGGGGUGGGGACUAAAAACGAGGGCAAAUGUCCUGUCCUCCUAACACUGCCACAUUUUUCAUUGAUCGCACAGUCAAGUAGUGCCAUUUUAGGCAUUUUAAUGUGCGAUUUUUUAUUUCAAUUAACGUCUUCCUUUGAGGUUCAAGGUUCAAGUUUAUUUCGCACUAUUCAAGUUGAUACAUUAUAAGAUGGCUUACAGAAUUAGUAGGUUAAGAAAUAAUGAAAAAUAAAUAUAUUUUCAAGUUUGUUGAAUUAUGUGCACAGUGACCAAAGUAGAUGAAGCUCUCGUGUUGAAAUAGUGCUAUUCUAAUUAUGACUUCAUGCCGUGAUGACAACAGUUUAUGGUUUUAGUAUUGCUAUGACAUUAUUGACAUUGAAAUUAACAGUGCGCUGUAAACUUAACUGCUAUAAAUUGUUUUAUAAAUGUAAAGGAUAUUCUUCAAAUAAUAUCAAGAGAAACUUGAUAUUAUGCACAGGGUUGUCACUAAGAUUUCAAGUUGCUGGGUAUUUGUUGUUAGUAGCCGGGGAAGUCGCAAGCAGUCAUUGAGACCCCACCCCCUCCAAGAAGUUUUUGAAGUGCAACUUCUACCGUUUUCGAAAAGGCAUUCCCGCCCCAAAAAAGCAAUUUUCGUCAAGAGUACAGCUAUCAAUAGUGAUUUUUUGAUGAUCACGUCUUUAUUAAAGAAAACUGCAACAUUCUGAGACACUAAAAUAAUAAGUUUUUACUUUCCGUAAAGGCUCGUUAGAGGGUUUUUCAGUGGCCGCCAAAUGGGAAUAUACAUGUAAGCACUGGGUCUGAAAAAAAUGACAGGUAGGCACUGGUCACGUUUUCCACGCAGUCUUAUCUUCACGCAGACAAUGCGCAUGGUGGCCAGUGAAGUGUUCAAUCACAACGAUACUGUGGAAAUGACAAUCGAUUCUUAUAUGGUGCAAAUGAAUUAACAUGCACUGUAAAAUCAAUUUGUAAAUCAUCAUUUAGUUAUACUUAAGAACGAAACAACUUACGGAAAACAAAAGUAAAACUAAUAUUACAAAUGAAUUAUCCCAUGGAGAAGCGGAAAGAAGACAAGCGGACGAUGAAUGUACGAAAAAGCAUCAUAAACAUAAGGUUACUAUGGCUUGUUGAAAAAUAAAGGUAUGAUAAGACUAAAACAAGCGUAACGUACGAAAAAUCGCGGGAUAAAAUAUGGCAAAACUAAACUGCACAACUGGUAACAUUAGUGGUCUCGAAUUUAGGAAAGAAACAUCACUUAACAUACGAAGAAACUGACCUACGCAAAAUUGUUUAAAAGACGGGGCUAAUACUUUAUAAACGACGCUGAGAUGUCAAAAUGAGACUCAAGGAGAAGAAUGCAAAAGUAAUGCUAAUGCUUAACUUCCCUUUUAUAUACAACUUCUUGGAAGCAGAAAUGAGAGGAUGUGAUCAUGACCUGCGGACAAUGAUUGAACAUUUUCCGUUGACCGUGCGUUAUUUUAUAUAUACUCGAUACCUAAAGCUAAAUGUAGACCUGGUCACUUAAACGUCGAUUUAUUAAACAUAGCAAUCGGUCAUGGUCUUCGUCUUCAAAGCCUUCAUCAUAAUCCUCAUUAUCAUCAACAUCAGCAUCAGGGAGAUUUAACGCUCGGAUGAAGCCUCAACUUCUUCUGUGAUGUCAACAGAGAUCUGAUCAGAUCUUUCACCAUGAACAAAGAGUGCAGAUUCCUUUGCCACUUCUUCGACAUGCUCAACACAAUGGCGACACAACAGUUGAAACUAGCGACUUUUACCAUCAACAAAGGUGACGGCAGCGAAAACGUCACUAUUAAAAUGAAUUGGCCUUUUCUCAAGUCGCGUUUAUUUCAAUUCACUGAAAAUAGCCAAUGUAGGCCAAUUUCCUUGGAGUUGAUUUCUUUGGGACCAAAUUCAAGUUUAGAAAGAGAAAGAAAAGUUUGUUGCUGCCUGUUUACGUCUUCCAUAAAAUGUGAAACUAGGCAUUUUCACGUCGUAGUCGUGCAGUAACAGCAAAGAAAUGUACAAAAAAGCGUGAUAAGAAACCUAUUGUUUUUUUGACAUUCUCGUUGCUGUCGCCGUCGUCGUUGCUAAAACUCCCUAGCUGGGGCCCAUGCUCUGAGUAGCCGGGGGAAAUCCCCGGCCCCUGGCCCUUAGUUGCAACCCUGAAUGUAUGCAUAAAAUCAAGAACAUGCCUUUACAAACCUCUUCAAUUUUUCUCUUCAUUGACAAAUGAGCCAAUCUGCUUGUUUUUCCAGUAAAAUCCUCUGUGUAGUUAUAUUCUGAUAGGAAACCGCAUGUGUCAGAACUUUGGGGUUGGCAACUGCCCAGCCCCCGAGCGGCACAAAAUUUGCAAAUGCCCCUCCCCCAGGACUGACAAGGCGGGCAAAUGCCCUGCAGUAGCCAGGGGGCGGGGCAGGGGGGCUGGGCACAGCUGGAAUUGACUGAUACAUUAUUGCAAACUUGUGAAGAGUUCUUGACAAGUUUUUGGAAUGAUGUGAUUUCUUCACCCAAAGUCCAAGCAAAAAAUCAUUAAUUACCCAACUCAUUAAAUUUUUUGUGCCUUGAUCACAUGCUCUCCAUUGAAAACUUUAACUGCAGAAGGUGAAGACAGAUUUGAAAAUACCCACGGACAUCACCUUGCAGUCUAAGUUAAGCUUUAAGGUUUUUUGCUUUUCUUCAGUCCAACAGCUCUAAGUUAUGCUUAUACCAGACAUAAUUUAGUAGGGAGCCUGUCAGAAUGUUCUUACAAAGUCCCUUCUGAAAAUAAUAAGGGCUGAUCAGCAGCAACUCGAGUCUUGGGUAUUUGGUGGCAUCUUAUGGUUUAGAAGCAAUCAUGGGUCUUUGGUGCAAAUGAAGAGUAAAGCAAGUGAAUGUAUCAGUUAUUGAUAUUAAUUUUAUUAUAGGUUCAUUGGUGCUGAUUCAUGGAACAGUGCUACAUAGAAGUUCUGAGAACAAGUCAGAGAAAUCGCGACAUGCAUAUACAUUCCAUAUUGUUGAACAAGAAAAUACAGAGUGGAGCAAACAGAACUGGUAA